AUGACAAUGGCAAAAGAAAAGCAUUUGAAAGCUGGUUCUGACAAUUCUUUGAGCAAGAUGUCUGAAAAAUUGAAGGCACGAUUGAAAUACGCGGUUUUCAAAGUCGACCGUGGUUGGGAAAAUCAAACGUUGGACCAGGUCGAAAGUUUAAUACGAAAGAAAAAAGGAAUGCAUAAAAGAUCUAGAUCUAUAAACGAUUUGGACACAAUGGGCUUGAGGAAGACUUAUUCGUUUGAUGAAAAGCCACGUAAAGUACGGGCGAAUUCUUUCUCUCGAUUGAUUAGUCCACGGGAAGACUUUUUGCAAUUGAUUUCUAGGAAUUUAUCCUCUUCUAGUCCUAGCUCAGUAUCUUCCUCUUUGGACAGAACGAGCCCUCCAUGGUUAAAUUCGCACGAUGCUCUUUUGGAGAAGCCAAAAAUUCCCUUUGACCUCCCUUCUUCUUCUCCUAUAAGUUUGAAUGGAGGUCUAGCUACCAUACUUAACAGCCAUAUGGCCUUUUUGCAUGAAGGCGAACAAGGUGGAUUUGCAUUCAAUCGUUCGCUUCCCUCAACUCUAUAUAUCGAGAAUCAUAUAAAGGACCAUUCUUUAGUACCAUUUUCUCUUUCAAGGGAGGAGUGUAAGGCAGCUGAGGCUAUCUUGAGUUUAGUUCACGCCGUUCCUUCUGGGAACUUUUCCAUCGAAGGUUUUGAGGGAUAA